AUUAUAUUGGCAACACUUAUCAGAAAUAAACAAUUGAAGUAAAUAGUAUAUAGAAAAAAAGUGAUUGAAAUUAAUUAAGAAAGAUUCACUAUGUACAGUGGACAUGAUAAUUGGGAUGAAGAUAAUAGGCAGACAUUGCUUGAGGGCAAGAGGAUUUUGGAAAGGACUGGUGAGAGCUUAGCUAGAUCGAAUCAAAUAGCUAUUGAAACUGAAACAAUUGGCACUGAAGUUGUAACUGAGUUGGGUAGCCAAAGGGAAACACUACUCAGAGCAAAAGACAGACUGACCAAUGCCGAUGAUCAACUUGAUAACACAAGGAGGAUUUUGAAAAAGAUGGGGAGAAAUGUAAUCUAUAACAAAUUGGUUUUGGUAAUGAUAAUACUAUUGGAACUUGGGAUUCUGAUAGCUGUGUCAUAUAUGAAAUUCAUCAAAAAAUAAUGUUAUGUACUUAAA